AUGUUUUUUGACUUAUACGGUGUUCCACGUUUAAAUUUACAUAAGAAACGGUAUGGUAGUUAUGGUUCUAUUCGUAGUUGGUAUGGUAAUUAUAAAUUAGUUAAUAAGAAGCCAUAUACUUAUCAGCGUGUAUAUGAUAGAAGUCCAAGUAAUAAGAGGAAUGAAUUUGAUAAAAGGUAUAAUAGAGAUUAUGAUAAGAGGCAUGAAGAGACUAAACCUAGAAGGCCUGAUAGUAAUCGACCUCAGCGUCCUACUAAUAAGAGACCUACACAAGACAGAAGACCUUCUCAAAAAGAUAAGCCUAUUAAUCGUCCUGAAAAUAAACGACCUGUACAAGAUAGAAGGCCUGAUAGUAUAAAAAAACCGAGACAUCCUAGUCAACCUGAACAAAGAAAACCUAUUAGACCUACACAGAAACCUUCUAAGAUUAAUGAUAAGUAUGAUCCGGAUUUGGAUAAGAUUAUUAAUAAACAAAUUAAGGAAAUUGAAGAUAAGACUGAUAAAUUAUUUGACAAGAAUGUUACUAAAGAAGAGAAGCAGAAGUGGUUACAAGAUGUUAAGGAUACUCUUAAAGAUCGUGUUAAAGAUAUUUCUGAUUAUUUCCCUGAAGAUUUAACUGAAGUUAUUAAGAAAGAUCCAAAGGCUAAGUUGGAAGCUUCUUUAUUCAAGUCUCUUUAUGAUGCUGGUAUUAAAGUUGGAAAGGGUUUAAUGGAUGGUGUUCUUCCUGUUGUUGGUGGUGCUAUUGCACAUGGUAUAAAAGAUGCAUUUAGUAAACCUUCUGAUAAUUUAUUGGAUCCUGCUCAAAAUAAUGUUCAACAACCAGUACGUCAAGAAAAUACUCAUCAACAUGUUAAGUAUUUGCGUGAGAAGUAUAAGCAACAUAAACCUGUUACUAGUAAAGAUCUGGAGAAUAUCAAACAAAUUAUAUUAGCUGAUCCUUCUUUAGUUAAAGAUUAUGUUAGAGUUGUUUUUACACCAAAUGAGUUAGGUAAGUUGUAUGAAGAAGAUCCUGAUUAUGGACCUAUUGCUCUUCCUUUACAUAUGGGUGAUCGUUUGUUUUUUGUUCCUCCUAAAGUUCUUUCUAAGAAUGGUAGUGAAUAUUUCGUUCCUAGUUAUUAUUUGAAUGAGGAUGAUGGUAUUAUUAUUUCUCCAGAGUAUCAGAAUAAGUUACUUGCUGCUAAUAAUGAGUUUGAAUUAUUUCCUGGAUCAUUGUCUGGUCAAUAUCCUGAGGGUGAUGAUUUUGAAGAGUAUAAUUCUCGUCGUUUAACUUUUUUGUUUUCACAGUUGCCUCCUGAAUUAAGGCGUCAUAUUGAAAAUGAUUUUACUAUUGAUCAUGCUGCUGCUUAUCGUUAUGCUAAGUUGUUGAAGAUUGAUGUUCCUAAAGAAUUGCGUACUGGUGAUAAUGAUGAAUAUUAUCAUAAAAUCAAUUGGGGUAUGCGUACUCAUGAACGUUUUGGUAGUGGUCGUAGAUAUUUUGAACCAGGUGAUUUUGAGAAGAGGAGUGAUCUUAUUAAGUAUAUGAGAGAACAUUAUUUGUGGAAACGUGAUGAUAAAGAUCAUUGGUCUUAUCCUGAAGAUCCUGAUAAGAGUGGAUUUAAUUAUCUUAAAAGACUUGGUAGUUCUGAUAAUUUUGAUGAUUGGGGUAAGGUUUUAUUAAAAAUGAGUCCAACUGAUCCUGAUUCAUUUAAAGUUUAUACACGACCUGAUGGACGUAAAGUGUUUGUCGAAUAUAAUCCAGACACUAAUAAAGUAUUAAAUAUUAAAUAA